CAAUACAAAACUCAUGCUUGCAAAUCUUAGUUCAACUUGGAGCCCUCAGCCAUUUCCGACAGGUGUCAUCACCAAGUCAUCUGAUCAUGGUUCUAGUGGCAAUGAUGCUGAGGCAGUGAAGAGCUGUAUUAGAACAAUGGAGUUUAAGUACCAUGAUAAGGUUGCCAGAGAAAUGGACAGGGCAGAGUAUGAGGCCCAGUUGGCAGCAAAGGAGGCUCAAAAUCGUCAGGAUAGGGAGCAAUAUGCUCAGGAGAAGUUUGAGCUAGAGCAGCGAAUCAAGCAUUUGGAGGUUGAGUGGCAGAAGCUACUUUUUGAGGCCAACAGAGAUAGACUUAGGAACGUUCUUGUUCCACCCAAUUAUGGGUAUCCUGCGCCAUCAUCAGCACCAUCAAGUUCUUCUCAGUUGGGAGUUUCCAAUCCUCAAGGAUCAUGGCAUGAGGGUGAGGGUUCAUACCACCAUUUAGACACCACUUCAGAUAUUUCACAUUGUCCUGGCCUGUUGUAUAAUUCUCAAAAUCAAGGUACCUCAAGUUUAGUCACGAUGAACUUGGUUCGUGCGAGUGAAUUCCCGAAAUCUCCUUUGACUCCACCUCCUACGUCUACACCCCCGACCACUCCACCCGGACCACCCGAAAUGGAUCAGGAUUUCUACCAGCAGUUGUUUAGCAGCCUAUGAUUCUCGGCCGAGCAUGUUUUAACUUUUUUUUUAAAUCUCCUCUGGCAUGUAAAUGACACUACACGUAGACGGUAAUUUGUGCCUAUGCAUACAACUACUUUGAGAUAAAAGGUAAACCAAACAAUUUGGGACAGAGCCAGGACUUAGAA